CACCGAGCUUCCUCUUUUACCUUCCAGCUGAUCUGUGGACCUCCAGCAGGAAAUGUCCAACAUCUCCGAGAGCAACACGACGGCCGCGGUCGACUGGUCUGAGGUGUAUGAAGCCGUCAGGUGCGUCCAGCUGGUCACGGCUCUGCUCAGUGUUCUGGGCUCGGGCUCCGUCAUCGUCUGUGUGAUGUCACAGAGACUCAGCCGGAGGCCGGAGCUUCAGCCUCUUCUCCUGCUCGGCGUGUCCGACCUGCUGCUCGCCCUCUGCUGGCUGAUCGGAGCCGCUGCGUUCUCCGAGCGCUGCAGCGGCCUCAACACACACUGCUACAACCUGCACACUGUGGAGCAGGUUCUCUACAUGUCGUCGUUCUUCUACACACUGAACUACAUGUGGAACCUUUACAGAGGAGUGAGAGAGAAGCUCUACAGCUGCCUGGAGGGAUACUCUGUACAGUUUUCCAACAGAGUGAGAACAGCUGAUCAAACCACGGCUCUGCUCUCAGGGCUGCUCCCUCUGCUGCUCAUGACGCCCGUGUUCAUUCAAGGAAACCUCAGCCAAUGUCAGACCAACUUCAGUGAGCCGUACAGGUGUCUGCUGAUGGACACUGGAGCGCUGUACCUGACCUCAGAGCUCCAGCAGCCAAUCAGAGCCUGCCGCCUGCUGCACACCUACGCCAUCGCCGUCUUCCUCAUCACCUUCGUCCUCACGCUCCUCAUCAUCACGGUCGUCAUGGUGAAGGCGCGUCGCAUCUACCGCCGCGUUGUGACCUCCAGCGGUUACCUUGGCAACGAGCAGCGGACAUCUUUCCGUGUGAUGGACAGACGGAUGCUGCUGUACCCGCUCGUCUUCGUCCUCUGCUGGGGACCAGCCGCGGCCCUGGCGUUCCUGCGGCUGGUGAAGCCGUCAGCGUCUCAGGGCGAAUCCGCCGCCGUCCUCUACGUCUCACAGACGUUCACCUCGGCCUCGCAGGGUUUCCUCAACUGUCUGGUCUACGGCUGGAUGCACACUAGCCUCCGCCGCGCCGGCAGGUCCAUUCUGUCUCGGGACGUGGACACUCAGACGCCUCUGCUUUCAUCACAGAAGAAGAAGAACUACCUGGCGCUGCCCAACAUCAGCUGAGACAGACAGACAGCGAGGGACAAACUGUCACCACACCUGCAGUAAAGACACCAGGGGAAAGUCUGAACUUUCCCUUUCCACUGAGGGAAACCACCGAGGACACGAGGCGUCCACCUGCCAUGUGGAACCUCUGAAAAGGGGAAGAAGAAGAAGGAGGGGGGGUUUACGUCAAGAGGAAGAAGGACAGAAACAGGAUUUGAAAGAGACAGACGGCUGCGUCCUAUUAUUGGUUUGCUCCAGGUCAUGUGACACCUGCUGCUCAGCGUCAGUACAGCCACACGAACAGAAGCAGAAAACAUCUUAUUAAAAUGAGUUUAGUCUGAAAACAUAUUCAAACAUCCUGAGUUCAUCAGAUGUAGAAACUUUGACAGUUUACACCUAACAAUUCUGGCUUUUCAAAUUAAAAGUCUUCAGCGGUGUGAGGAGUUCGUAGCACACUGUUCUGAUGAAGGUCAAAGGUCACAGUGAAGACAGGAGAGAGCGAGAGAGAGAGAGAUAUGGAUGGAUAGAUAUAUAUAUAUAGAGAGAUAGAUAGAUGGAUGGAUAGAGAGAGAGAGAGAUGGAUUAUAGAGAGAGAUAGAGGGAGAGAUAUGGAUAGAUAGAGAUGGAUAGAUGGAUAGAGAGAGAGAGAUAGAUAGAUGGAUGGAUAGAUAGAUAGAUGGAUAAUGAGAUAGAUAGAUAGAUAUAUAGAUAGAUGGAGAGAGAGAGAGAGAUGAUAGAUGGAUGGAUAGAUAGAUAGAUGGAUAAUGAGAUAGAUAUAUAGAUGGAUAGUUGGAUGGAGAGAGAGAUAGAUAGAUGGAUAAUGAGAGAGAUAGAUAGAUGGAUGGAUAGAUAGAUAGAUGGAUAAUGAGAUAGAUAGAUAGAUGGAUGGAUAUUUGGAGAGAGAUAGAUAGAUAGAUAGCUAGAUAGAUGGAUAAAGAGAGAGAUAGAUGUAUGGAUAGAUAGAUAGAUAGAUGGAUAGAUUGAGAGAGAUAGACAUAUAGAUGGAUAAAGAGAUAGAUGGAUAGAUGGAUGGAUAGAUGGAGAGAGAGAGAGAGAUAGAUAGAUAGAUGGAUAAAGAGAGAGAUAGAUAGAUGGAUGGAUAGAUGGAGAGAGAGCGAGAUAGAUGGAUAGAUAGAUGGCUAGAGAUGGAUAGAUGGAGAGAGAGAGAGACAUAGAUAGAUAGAUGGAUAAAUAAUGAGAUAGAGAGAUAGAUAGAUAGAUGGAUAAUGAGAUAGAUAGAUGGAUGGAUAGAUAGAUAGAUAUUUGGAGAGUCUCUCAGUCUGUGACCUCAGAGGCUCGGACCUGGCUCCUCCCCCUGGUCGUCCUCCUGCUGAUCCUCUGUGCAGCGAGUCUCUGAGGCGGCUGCACCACAUGACCACCGGUGCGUUCCCCGGACUCGGCCUGACGCAGGAGGCCUCCCUCAUUAGGAACUCCACACCGCCCCCCCGCCCUCGAACAAUGACUUCCCUCUGCUUCAGACCUCGACUUCUCUGAAACACGGAAGUUCACCACGUCAUCAAAUCUGUGACCUCAGAUCAGAGUGUCCCCUGCACGUUUCUACUGUGUCACAUUCAAGAGAGUUCAGAUGAAAUGUUUAGAAUGGAGCUGCAACUUUAAAGUGGUUCUUUAACUUUUCUAACUUUAAAUGUGGAAAAUACAAACACAAAAUAGGUUUACACUGGUUUUGUUGAGGUUAUAGAUUUUUUUAUUGAGAAAAACAAAGCAAACGUCCGAUAUGAAGAAAAUGUUGUUUGUGUAAAAUAUGAAGGAUAAGAAUGUUUGAAUAUUAUUAUAUUAUUUAUCUUCUUACCCUGUUCACCAUCAUUUAUUGAUUGUAAAAAAUAACCUGGAAUUAAUGUUGUGAUGAGGUUACAAACACGGUUGCAAGAAACGUUGCGUAAUUAGUGAAUAUUUUGGUUUUCAUUGUAGUUUUAUAAUAAAAAUAUUUCCUGUCUCAUCUUUGUUUUCCUACAUCAUGUUUACCCGUCUGCUAGCAUGCUAAUCUGUUAGCAGCCGUGUUCAUCAUGUACUGUACAGGACUUCCUGUGUCGUAGACGAGUUCUGUUCCAGAAGAGAAACAAAGAGUUUCUGGAUUUCCUGAGAAUUUAUCUAAAAUAAGUUAAAAAGAAAUUCUUCAACAUCAAGAGUUUGUUUUUGUUAAAUUCUUUUUAGUUUCAUCUUCUUCUUUCAAUGAGAUGCAUCAGGUGGUCUUCUCUUUGAUUAUUGGUUAGACAGGUGUCAAUCAGGGUGAAGCUGUGACCUAUCAGAUCUUAGGUGGGCGGGGCAGAAACUCAGGUGAAUGUUAUGAUUCGUUAGUUCCGUGGU